CUGGAUGACUACCAUGGAAAAUAUAUUAACAGACUGCUAGCAUAUGUAACGCACAGUCAACUUCAACUAAUGAAUCCCUUGUUGCCUCUGGCACCAUGGAUGAUGCUGCAGUCCUUAAAAAGAGACACUAUGUGCUGGGAAUGAAACUGGGAGAAGGAUCUUAUGCUAAAGUAAAAUGUGCCUACUCUGAAAAACUGAAAUUCAAUGUGGCAGUAAAGAUCAUAGAUAAGAAAAGAGCGCCUCGAGACUUCCUGGAAAGAUUUCUCCCCAGGGAAAUAGAUAUUUUAGCAAAAGUAAAUCACUGCUCAAUUGUCAAGACCUAUGAGAUAUUUGAGAUAUCUGACCGCAAAGUUUACAUUGUGAUGGAGCUCGGUGUACAAGGAGACCUACUGGAGUUCAUCAAGACUAGAGGGUCAAUCCCUGAGAACGUAGCUCGCAAGAUGUUUUACCAGCUAGCCUCUGCCAUCAAAUACUGUCAUGAUCUGGAUAUUGUCCACAGGGAUCUGAAAUGUGAGAACCUCCUUCUAGAUAAGGAUUUCAACAUCAAGCUAUCAGACUUUGGCUUUUCUAAGUGUCUGUCUCGGGAUGAGGAUGGAAAAAUUACUCUCAGUAAAACCUUCUGUGGUUCUGCUGCAUAUGCUGCCCCUGAAGUUCUACAGGGCAUUCCCUAUGAGCCCAAGAUUUAUGACAUAUGGAGUCUGGGUGUCAUUCUAUUUAUAAUGGUCUGUGGAUCAAUGCCAUAUGACGACUCAAAUGUUAGAAAGAUGCUGAAGAUUCAGAAAGAACACAGGGUGCACUUCCCGAGGUCUAAAACCCUGACAAUUGAAUGCAAGGAUCUAAUUUACCAGAUGCUGCAGCCAGAUGUGAGUCGGAGGUUGAACAUUGAUGAGGUUUUGAGUCACAUUUGGAUGCAGACUCCAAAAUCCCAGGGUCCUUCAUCAGCUUUAUAUGCACAGGCAGGCGAGUGUUCUCGGAACCUGGAAGAGGUAAAGUCAGAGCACAAGCAGGAAAGCAAGCCCCAGGCAGAAAUAAAAACAGACAAGAAACAUGAAUUUAAAACAGCAACCAAAUUGAACUUGUCUGUUAAUGCGGAAGAUGCUGUGCAAGAGGAAAGGCAAACAGAAAUUGAUGUUCUUGCAGACCAAAUGCAAAAAACACAGAUAAAAAAUGGCAGCAAUUAAAGAAUAUCUACCUGCAAGAUUGGUAUUUUUCACAGCACCAAUGUAAAUAAUGAUCAAGACUGUUAAAUGAACAUUUAAAAGGGACUAAAGGAGAAAGCAGCAAAAAAGCCUAGAACUAUUAACAAUUACAUGAUUUUUUUGAUGUCUCUCUUAAUAAUCAUAUAGCUGAAUCAAUAAAUCACUAAAUUCAUUAUCACAUGUUAACCAGAAGGAAAGGAGUAUAUUUUUUUCCCUCUGUGUUAGAAUGGUGUGGAUUCUAACCUAGUACAAGCCUCCUUUUACUAUCUGUCCUUUUCCAAUCUUGUGCUGUUAUGGGACCUAUCAGCAUUUUAAUGUUUGGGAACACAGAGAAUUGCAGCCUGCUCAUUCUUUUAUUCAGAGGAACAAAAAGUUAUUGUUGCCUUCUGCUAAGCACUUCUUUGAGCAACAGGGUGCAAUGUUGAUCUCUCAAGUCAUCUGAAAAUGUUAUACUUGAAAGUACCUUGUUCUUACGUGCAAGUCAUCAGCUCCAGACCUGGCCACACAUGUGGACUCAGGCUGUCACAAGGCCGAGAUCCAUUAAAACAAGUUUGCAUGGUUCCCAAUUUGUACGUGCAGGCACAUGAAAGGGCAUUUUAAGACUAACUUUCAUAUGCCAGUCACAGCCAUGUGAAGCCUUCAGGGUUCAGUUCGUGAUCCUGUCCCUGAAAUAAUCUCCAUAAUUUACUCCACAGGAGGCUGAAAGUGAAACAACCCCUGUGUGUUCACAGGCUGGGACCUGCACAGAUGGACUUCCUCCUUUGAACAGUCACACUUCCCCCAAUCUCUGGAAGACCCCAGCUAGCCAGUUGUUGAUGGAAACCUCAUUGACAUCUUCCUUUUCCCACUUUGUUCUAUACAUGGUGGCUUAAUUGUAUGAUUUGUACCAUAAAACAAUUCUAAUUAAAGAUA